UCACAUAAUCCUUCUACUGGAUAUUUUGGCGUAGAGAAGAGAACACUCUCAGCAGACUCAGUCUCAGAGGCAACGCAGUGUUGAGAGUUGAGGGUUUAGACUAGAGACAUGCAGACCUUAUCAGUGGCUUCUUCGUCUUCGUCUUCAUUAAGUUUCGGACUGAGACUGAGAGCUUCAUGGGACACUCAACCGAUGGUUUCUUACAACCCCAAUGCCCCCAAAAACCCCAAGAAAACCCCUACUAUCUCCAAAAAUCCUCCCCCAACUGUCACCUUAACUGCCUCAACCGCCCGAAUGGUCGAUUCCAUUUCCGAACUUCUCAAGCGCCCACCAGUUCCACCACCUCAAGGAGAAAUGACCAAAACGAAUGAUUUAUACUUGGGGUAUGAACGGUGGUUGCCUAGUCCUCCAAAAGUGAAGAAGCCUCGAUCCAUAUACAAUGCAGCAGCAUUAGCAUAUCUUGGUGAUUGUAUUUACGAGCUAUAUGCCCGCAGGCAUUUCUUGUUUCCUCCCCUGAGCAUUGAAGAAUUCAAUGAUCGUGUGAUGGCAGUUGUACGAUGUGAAGCUCAAGAUGCAGUGCUUCAGAAACUUCUAAGUGAUAAUUACCUAUCACAACAAGAAAGGUCAUUCUUCUUCUUAAAGAAUAUAUCCUUCCCGUUUUGUAUUGAAUACUCCCUUACUGCUUUCUUAAACAUUGCACCAGAAUUUGGGUUUGGCCAUGUCAAUUGUAGUGAUAAACUUAGGCAACUCUGACAUCUUGACUUUUUUGGACCUCUUGUUUGGUUUGUGUGGCUCACUGUCCUCACCAACAGUUUCAGUAGUGUCCUCAUCAUCUGUGGAGCUAUCAUGUGCACCAUAUUCAAUGUCAGAAUCUUCUUGAAAAGUCUCAUUACCUACAUCAAUCUCUAUAGGCCUUUUACCUUUCCUAAUCAAAUGUUUCUCAGCUAUAUCAUUUACUUCCACUCCGUCAUCCUCUUGUUCAUAUUCCGGGUCUGCCUCAUAUUCAUCCUCAUCAUCACCACUGUCUUCACUAGUAUCAACCCUUGCCUCACUUGUUCCAUGAUCCAAACUAGCCCCUGCCUCACUUGUUCCAUCAACAAAACCAGCCCCUCCCUCACUUGUUCCACGAUCCAAACCAGCCCCUCCCUCACUUGUUCCAUCAACCAAACCAGCCCCUCCCUCAGAAGUUUCAUGAACUAAACCAACCCCUCCCUCACUUGUUUCAUGAACCACAACAGAACCAUCCAAACCAACCCUUGUAAUCUCAGUUUCUAUGACAUUUUCCUCACAUAUAGCAGGCCAAAAUACUUGAUCUUCACUACCCAAAGCAGGCCCAGAUUCAUUAGUAUUUAAACUCACCCCACCUACUUGGUUCGGCCCAACUACACUUGAAACUUGACUUUCAUUGAAGACAUGUUCACAGAAAAAACAAUCAAGGACUUGAUUAUUCCUCACAGAUGCCCCAACUUUCUCAAGCAAAGUAUUGUCAUUGGUUACACAUUGCAAAGUCACACAAUCUGCCCACUUAAAAUAAUAACUAAUAGAAGAAGGAUCCGAGUACCCUAAGUCUUUUGCUAUUCCAUGCAAUUCAAAUAUGCUCAUAUUAUCUACAUCUUGAUAAUGAACAUUGGUAACAACCCCACCAAAGUAACUAGGACUGUUACCUAUCAUUUUUAAUUGUCCCUUGUGAUGCACUUUCAGAGUGAAGAUACUAGAUGUUGGUUCUGCAAAAAAAGAAAAAAAAAUAGCAUAUAUUACUUAUUCAAAGCCAAAACAAUGGGUGGUCCCAACACACACAAAUUUAGGAUCCAUUAAUUUAUUGAAUGGAAUCUAGUCAAAGUAAAACACAACAUACACAAAACAAUACAUAACAGAUGCCACAGACCUUACAAAGACCAAAUAAAAGUCUUAAAAUCUUUAACUGUGUUUCCAUGUGCACACUGACCACAAAAUGACUAAUUAACACAUUGUAGUCAGACCCACCAACACCAAAAUGACCAAAAACACUUGUGUGUGUAUAAAUUACAAUCUGUAGCAUUUAUAUUUCGAAACACCUAUACCCACCAGUUAGGUUCAAAAGUUAAAAUGCCCACCCACCAUAAAGCAUUCAAACACAAACCAAGAACCCACAGAAACAAGAAGAAAAAAAACCUUACCAUAAAAUGGAACCUCAUUCACACUUUCAUGGGGUUUGGGGUAUCCUUUCCUUUUUGCUAAAGAUUUACGAUUCCUCCCCAUGUUUCUCCACCACACGAUCAGUCAGGCCUGGUUGUAGCAAACUCAGGCGGAACUCCACCACAGAUGCUCGACGUUUGGCUCGUUUGGCUUGUAGCAAACUCAGGCGAAAAUCACCAAUAUCACCUCCCUAAAUUAAUGGUUCAAAUAUGACAGUAAGCCCUAAAAUCCCAAUUGACCCGACCCUUGGUUGAAAAUCAUUAUUUUAUUAUUUACUUUCUUUUCUAUUUUCAUAAUGCAUUUGGGUUAAAAUUAAAUUUCCAUGUCAGCGGGUUAUAAUAUCCAACUCACACUUUAAAGUCCCACGUGUCAUCCUAAAUCAUGUAAAAAAAAGGCUACAUCAUCCUCUCGUUACAAAAAAUGAACGGAAUUGAACGGAAGUCUUAAUUUACAUGACUGUGAAUAGAUUAGAGGGAUUUUUUAACGGCCUGAAAAAUUCGGGGGGCACAAUAAUGCAUAUGUAAUAGUUCGAGGGGUAAAAAACCUAAAUAGCCUUUAUUUUAACUAAUAUAAAGUUUUCAAAGAAAAACUAUUUAGUCAAUUAAUUGAUUAAUUCGCAAUUAUCAAUUGUCCAUAAUUAUCCCAUAAU